AUGAAUGUGUUGCUGGAGUUUAGGAAUAUACACAAGCCUGUUCAUACUGGAGAGAAACCCUAUCACUGUAAUAUUUGUGGUGCAUCAUUCUCUAACCGAAGUGCCUUAAAUUCUCACAAACGUGUUCAUACAGGAGAGAAGCCGUAUCAGUGUAACAUCUGUAGCAAAUCAUUCUCACAUAGUACUUCUUUAACAACUCACAAACGUAUUCAUACAGGAGAGACGCCAUUUUCCUGUAAUAUUUGUGGUAAAUCAUUCCCUCAAAGUAGUGCUUUAACUUCUCAUAAACGUAUUCAUACAGGAGAGAAGCCAUAUCACUGCAACAUCUGUAACAAAUCUUUCUCUUUCAAUAGUAGCCUAGCCAAUCACAAACAAUAUCAGAUGACAUUGGAAUAA